UUAAGUCAAAAGGAUGAUAGUGCAGGUUUCACUCGAUUAUUUGAUUGAGACUCCCUUCCAUCCAUUUUUCUUAUUAACCCCACCAACUCUUUUUCCCUCUCCCACCUUUCCUCUCUCUCUCUCGCCCUCCCUUUACAUUCCUUCCCUUGAUACCAUAACAACAGUAGCAAUGACCUUUCGCUCUGGUCGGCCAAUACGACGCUAUGUUGCCAUGCUUUGUAUCCUAGCAGUGUUUGUAUAUUAUUCAGGAAUUCAUCUGGGUCGCAACUCGGCGUACAUUUCGUCAUCGCCUGACGCUACCGCUGCUGCUGCUGCUCAAGAUGGUUCAAUGGAGUAUGUAAAACCCAAAGAACACGAGGUUACUAAACAAGACGGAUACAUGCAAGUCGACCACGAUUUAAUCAAGCAACGUGAACGUCAAGUCAUGCGACGCCAGAUCGAUCAGAAAUAUUGUGGCCGUGAACAGUGUCGAUUUAUGCUCCCUAUUGCCAUUACAGAGCAAGAAUCCAAAGCACAAGAGCAUUUUCGACAACUAGCGUUCUUAUCCGGCAAGCUGGGUCGUACGAUCGUAUUACCAAACGUUCACAGCUCGCAUUUGGGCGCAUGUCGACAUUUUCCAUUCAGCUUUUAUUAUAGCAGCGAAUGGCUCGAGCAAAACAAACGGUUCUUCAACUAUAUCACCAUGGAGGAUUUCCGUGAAUGGCUUGCCGAGCGUCAGUCAAGUGACACCGCUGUUCCAACAUCCCAAGAGGUCGUGGUGGAUAUCAACCCGGACUUUCAUUUUCUCGACAAGGCCGAAAAUUGUUUCAAGGACAUGCUCGACUAUACCGGUCGACCUAGGACACGGUUUACGCUCGAGGAUCCAGAAAUGUUCAGCAAGCGUGUUGGCGACUAUACUGAAAUCUUGCUGAAUGCUCUUAGUGAUGAAACACUGAAUAAGGACUACAUUGGCGAGGACACCGACGUUCCUCCGCUGGACGUUAUCAGUCUGUUUUAUGAUCGAAGAUUUGGCUACAUUAAAGAACCAGAAGUUCUCAAACCCUUGACGUACAAUGAUCGAUGGAUUCAACUGGCAGAUCAGAUCGCAAACCAACUGUCACCUUUCGUGGCUAUUCAUUGGCGCAUGGAACGAUUGGAGCCGGUGGAUAAUAUGGUGGGCUGUGCAGAAUCGCUUGUGAAAAACGUGCAGGCAAUCGAGGCAGAACACGAGCAACCUCUCAAAAUAUUCUUGUUGACCGACUAUCCUCAUUUACUACGGUCAUCCAUCGCCGUGCCCGAGUCCAUGUCUUUCAAGUUGAACGAACUUAAACAACAACACCACGAUGCAGUACAAUACGUCUACGAACGUCUGGACGUCACUGUAACGACGCUCCAGAAAGAAAACCAAGCGAUUCCAUAUGACGAAUUACCGGCCAAGCACUGGAACAUCAUCCCAGUACCGCCCUACGCCAAACCGCCGGAUUCGAGUGUCCUGGGCAUCGUCGAUAAGCUCGUGGCCAUGCGGGCUCAGUACUUUUUGGCCGGCAAGCCAGCUGUUUGCGGAAAAUCAAGCAGCUUUACCAAACGCAUCACGGAGGAACGGAAGCAGGCGCAUGAAGCUGGCGAUCCGAAUAUCAUCCUUCCAAUGGAUAUCUUUUCCCUGUAAAAUCUCGAUUAAAAAGAAAAAAGCACCCCCUCCCAUGUAUAGAGUUUCUCUUAUCUCUUUUUCUCCCCUUGUCUUUAUUGAUUUAUUCUCUGCAUCCCUUCCACGCGCAAAACCCCCCCAUCACCCUUUCGAAUAUCAUUUCAUACAUUUCCAAUCAACACACUCCAACCAGCAACACACUUCAUCUGAAAAUUAACAAGCCAAAAUAUUUUUAAACAGUGCA